AAUCAAAUCACAAUCGCGUUCAAAAUCAAUGUGAUUGCGAAUAUUUCGUGUCGAUGGGUCACUGUCUGAUUGGAAAUUACUAAAAGUAAUUUACACAUUGGUUUGUUUGAGUUUAGUGCUGUGUUUGAUAACAACAAUUUUCUCAGUUAAAACUCAUCACCAUGACUACCAACGGUGUUAAGGGCGAAAUGCCUAGCAGCUGCGGUACCGCCUGUGCUGUCAAAUGUUGGAAAUGGGACGUCAAUCAGAUCAUCAUGAAUAGGACCUUGAACAACAUGAUGUAUGGGAUCCUCAUCUUGAAUCGCCCAAUUCCACAAAAUCCAGCAUUUAUAAAGCGUCUAUGGAACAAAGCUGCUGUCAGAAUGACUGUAGAUGGAGGCACUAAACAGUGGGACAAAUUUAUUGCCAGCCUAGAAGAUGACUUAAAGAAAAAUAUCAAAGAUCCAGACCUCAUCUCAGGAGAUUUUGACUCUAUAACUGAUGAAAUAUUAGAAAAAUACAAAAAUAAAGGUUGUAAGAUUAUCCACACACCUGACCAAAACUACACGGACUUCACGAAGGCAUUGAUGGAAUUGAAUAUACAUAUGAACCAGGCUGGAUUGGAGCUCUCUCACGUUAUAGCAGUGGGCCAAACAUCAGGUCGUUUAGACCAAAUAAUAGCAAAUAUCCAAACUUUGUAUCUAGUCAAAGACCGACUCCUCCUGAAUCCUGAAACGAAUGUGUUUCUAAUGUCUGAUGAUUCCAUAUCGUGGCUCUUGUACCCUGGAGACCAUGUUAUAUAUGUGCCGGAAGAGACUAGACUGCACAAGAGAGCUUGGUGCUCUUUAGUGCCCAUUGGAGAAACCUGCCAGUAUGUUACUUCAACUGGACUGAAAUGGAACCUUGAUAACCAACCUCUGCGGUUUGGUGGAAUCGUAAGCACUUCGAAUACCUUCGAUGGAUCACAAAAAGUUACAAUAAAAUGCAGCCACACUCUACUAUGGUCUAUGAAAGUACCCCUUAUAACAAUGUCAUAAAUGGAAAACGUAUCGAACUAUUUUGUAUUACUUGUAGGAGAAAUAUUCCACGGGAUCGGUGUCUAUAAACUGCUCAUAUAAUACGGUAGUCAUAUAAACUUUUUAUACUGUCAAUUUUGUAUCUUCCUACUACUAGUGUUAUAAGUAGGUAAAUAUAAACGUGCCAAGUGAAUCUAUAAACUUAAACUAGGAAAAUGCCAUCACAAACGUUAUAAAUUGUAUCAUUUUCAACGACAAACACAAUGUGAACAGAUUAAAGUAUUUUUGCAAUUCUAGAUGGCGCCACUGCAGCUUUAAGUCU